GAUGUCAAGCCGAAGCUGAACAUCGUUAUAGAUUUUGAGGGACAAACAUGCACGGUCAAGGUAAAAGCUGCAACUCCGUUUCAGAAGAUAUUUGAGGCUGCCGAAAAGCGGUUUCAGAAAGAACCAGGCUACUUAGGAACUUUCAAGUUCACGUUUGAUGGACAGCGCAUACGACCGGAAAUGACACCGGCUGAACUCGGUAUGGAGGACGGUGAUCAGAUCGAUGCACAUCUUACGCAGGUA